AUGCCCGAGGGCCUGCCUAUUGACCACCACCAUGCAUUGAACGGAACGAUGGCGGCGUAUGCACAGCAGCUCGUAGUCUGCACCGGACAGCGGGACUGGACGAGUCGAAUUGAAGAUGACGGGAAAGAUCAAGGAUGGGGGAAUCUUGUCCGAGGGCUGAAGCAGUUGAUGGGUCGUGGAGGGCCAUAUCUCGAUCCCUUCAACAACAUCCUCAUCACAAACUCCUCCAUCACCCCCGCAACAACAACCCCCUCAACAGCCUCAGCAAUCCUCUUCCCAUCCUUCAAAUACAUCCCCUCAAUCCCAACCUCCCCACCAACCCUAGAAACCUUCAUCCGCGCAUACCUCCUCCCCAAAACCCCCCACAAAAUGCACCACUCCCUGUCAUCCACAAAACAAGCAGCCAUGACCCGCGCCCCAGAGCUAGCCUCCCACUUCCCAAACACGCUAGACAUAACCCACUCCCCGACAAUCCUAAUCUGCGGCCACGGCGGCCGCGACAUGCGCUGCGGUGUGAUGGCACCAGCCCUGGAAACCGAAUUCCACCGCGUCCUGCGCGCGGCUGGAUUUGAUUCCGUCUCGGGUGGGGGCGGGCGGUUGGAUGGGUCGGGCCAUGCGAAUGUGGGAUUGAUUAGCCAUGUGGGCGGGCACAAGUAUGCGGGGAAUGUUAUUGUGUAUAUCCCGCCGGAGAUGACGGUGUCUUCGACGGGUUCGGGUGCCGGAUCAGAGUCGGCGUCAACACUGCAUCCAUUGGCUGGUAAGGGGAUUUGGUAUGGGCGUGUUGAACCGAAGCAUGUGCAGGGUAUUGUGGAUGAGACUGUGCUGGGGGGUAGGGUUGUGACGGAUCAUUUCCGGGGUGGGAUUGAUCGGGAGGGGAAUAUUUUGAGGUUGUAG